ACUCAUAAGCGAUUGUUCGGGUAUGAGUUCGCGUCUUUUUCUACAUUUUUUCAUGCUUGAUCCACCUCCCACAAUUCUUCACUCAUCAUUAUUGAACGUGAACGUUAACGAUUUGGUGAAAAGUUUGGGAUUUUGACACUUGACAUUCGACGAAAUUAUUUCUUACACGCAGGUGUAUUCUUUUUAUUACUGUACAAUAGAACGUGAGUAGGAUAUUCUUCUCGAUCUUCCCAUGAUCCCAUACUUGAACGCCCAGACAGGUGUAUUAACAAAAUUUGACCAAAUCUACUAAGCGCUUAGAACGCUAACGAAUUGACAAAAGGUGUUCAACUAUGGAUGCUUUUGGUGACAAAUUUUUCAAGGACGAACCUGAGAUUGAUCCAGCAGCGGAGUUUUUGGCCCGCGAACAGGAUCAGCUCGCUGGCCUCGAGGAUGAAAUUCCACCCGUCACUUUAUCCACCUCCGCUGCAGCACCCCCUGCUGAAGAUGACUUCUCGACUAACUUUGGAGAGUUGAAGGGUGGUCCUGGCGGAGAUGCGGACGGCAGUUUUGUUAUGAUCAACGCUGUUGAACAGCCUGCAGAGGCACCAGCUCCAGAAGUACAAGAACCACCCGCUGUUAUUCCUCCAGUGUAUGAAGAGCCUGAGAAAAUUCGAAAAUGGAGAGAAGAACAGAAAAAGAGACUGGAAGAGAAAGAUUUGGAAGAAGAGAACAAAAAAGAAGAAUGGCGGGAAGCGGCAAAAAAAGAACUCGAAGAGUGGUACAUGCAUCAUUCCGAAGCUAUCAGUAAGACUAAAGCUACAAAUAGGGAAUCUGCCAAAAAUGCGGAGAAACAGUUCGUCGCGGAAGCGGAUGAAGUGGAACCUGGAACGGAGUGGGAACGUAUUGCUAAAUUAUGUGAUUUCAAUCCAAAAUCAUCUCGCACAUCCAAGGAUGUAUCUCGUAUGCGGUCAAUUAUUUUACAACUAAAGCAAACUCCACCGGCGCCUGUCAAUGCCUAAGUACCUAAUGUUGUACUAUACACGUUCCAUUAUAAUCUUGUUGAUAAUAUUGAUAAUUAUGAACACUACAUAAAUUCUCAAAGAAAUCACAAUUAAUAUAAUAUAAAGUCAACAUGAAUAAAAAUUAUGUUUGAUUCACGCGAGUGUAAUCGUAUUGUCAAUAAAGUUAUCUGAUGAUCAAAUAAUAGAUUUAUUCUGGCUUGUUCCGACGACGAGGAGGAAAAAUAAAUAGCACGUUUCUGUCAUGUUGUAUGAUUUCUUAUCUUUAAUCAAUACAAAAUUAUAUGAAAAUACAUCUGUUGAUAUUAUUAUAUUUAUUAUAUACUCUAUAUCUACAUAUAUGUAUGAUAAAAUGUAUUUCUAGAAGUUAAAGAACUGAACUGAAUUGAACAUUCAUCAAAAACUCACAUUGAAAACUUUGUAUAAGGAAGGUAAUCCAAUAUUUGUCAAAACCAGAUACAUAGUGUUUUAUAGGUGGAAUCAUCUCGCUAGAAAUACAUAAUAUCUU